AUGACUGAGAGAGGUUUCUCGGUUAUGUUAAAGUGGAUUCCUAUGUUGUAUGAGUCUCUGGACAUGCUUUGUUGGUUUCGAUCCUUGCUUAAUUUUUUUUCUCCUUACAAAGUCAAGUUGCAGGGUGCUGAGGUUGAUCAGUUACCUGGAGACUCGACAAUGUCAUCAUCUGGAUUAACUUAUAGCCCCUUGAGAUAUAGCCUUCACUUACCUGCAAGAGAUGCGGGGUUGAGUAAUGACCGAGUUACUUCAUUUCCUAAUAAUAGGAGAUUUAAUGAUUUUCUCUGUUUAUACAGAAAUAAUAGGACUGAUUCAACUCAGCAACGUAUACAUAGAUCUCCUUUGCUCAAAUGCGCAAUGGAUGCGUCCUAUGAUGAUGCUACAAAUGAAUCAGCUGGUACAGCAAUAUUUCCGAGAAUCAAUGUAAGGGACCCGUAUAAGCGACUUGGAAUUAGUAGGGAAGCUUCUGAAGAUGAAAUUCAAGCUGCCAGGAAUUUUCUGAUACUAACAUAUGGAGGGCACAAGCCAAGUGUGGAUGCUGUUGAAUCAGCACAUGAUAAAAUAAUAAUGCAAAAGUUCUAUGAAAGGAAGAACCCUAAAAUCAACAUCAAAAAAAAGGUCAGGGAAGUAACACAGUCUCGCGUUGUGCAGGCUGUUGUGAACAGGUUCAGAACUCCAUCAACGAAUGUCAUCGUAAAAACUUCCAUUGUAUUCGUGGUGCUUGGAAUGCUCACAGUACUCUUUCCAACUGAAGAAGGGCCUACCCUUCAAGUUGCCAUUUCUUUACUAGUUACCAUGUAUUUCAUCUAUGAUCGGCUGAAGAGCAAACUCCGUGGUUUUCUUUAUGGGGCUGGGACUUUUGUUAUCUCCUGGCUUCUAGGAACAUUUUUAAUGGUCUCUGUGAUGCCACCCAUACUGAAAGGGUCUAGAAGUUUGGAAGUGACAACUUCACUGAUAAGCUACAUUUUCCUUUGGGUUGCUUCUACUUACCUUAGAUAG